UACAUUAUGGAGUGCUUACAGAUGGUGUUCAAGUUAUUGCCAAACUGGAAGCGUGAGGCAGAAGUCAAAAAACUAGGUUACAAGGUUCAUGGCGAUCCUUUCUCAACCAACACAAGGCGUGUCCUCGCUGUUCUCCAUGAGAAAGGACUCUCUUACGAUCCCAUUACCGUCAAAUUGCAAUCCGGUGAACACAAAACCGAAGCUUUCCUCUCUCUCAACCCAUUUGGUCAAGUCCCCGUUUUUGAAGAAAGAAAUGUUAAGCUGUCUGAGUCUCGAGCCAUCACACAAUACAUUGCAUAUGUUCAUAGCCCAAGAGGCACACAGCUCUUGAAUCUUCAAAGCCACGAGACAAUGGCAAUACUGACAAUGUGGAUGGAAAUAGAAGCUCACCAGUUUGAUCCACCCGCAUCGAAACUCACUUGGGAACAAGUCAUUAAGCCUCUCUACGGUCUAGAGACUGACCAUAAGGUUGUCAAAGAGAACGAGGCUAUUCUAGAGAAGGUUCUAAAUGUCUACGAGAAACGACUCCAAGAAUCUAGAUUCUUGGCUUGCAGUAGCUUUACUUUGGUUGAUCUCCAUCACCUACCAAAUAUACAAUACCUUUUGGGGACUCCAACAAAACGAUUGUUCGAAAAUCGACCUAAAGUGCAUAAGUGGGUGGAUGAGAUCACGAGUAGAGAGGCUUGGAAGAUGGCUUGCGAUCAAGAGAAAUCUUGGUUUAAUAAGCAGAGGAAGCUAAGAACUAAAUCAAAGCAGAAGUAAACUUUGUGUGUCACUGUGUUUGUAUCUUUUUCUUUGUAAGCUUGUGUUGUUUGUUACGUGUUGAAUCUUGUAAAUAUGCUUUGUGUUUUGUUUGUAAAUAACUUCGAUCCCGUAUAUAAAUAAAGCAUCAUUAAAGAGAUAAA